AUGGCUACCGCCAAAGCGCGGGGCAAGCUGCCCGAAACCGAGACUAUCGACUUGACGCAGCAGCCCUCUGCCUUCAAGCCCUAUGCUGGUGCCAAGAAAUUGGUGAUCAAAAAUCUGCGAGCUCCGACAAAUCGAGACAGCCAGGUAGCAGAGUACUACAAACGGACAGAGAAGGAGCUUGACAGUGCUUUGGAAUCAAUCUUUGCAGGGAGGACGCCUGAUAUUCCUCUCGAGAGGCUUUACAGAGGUGUUGAGGAUGUUUGUCGGAAGGGGGAUCCGGCUAAGGUUUACCAAAUGCUCAAUGAAAGAGUCGACACACAUCUGCAGCGCACUAUCCUGCCAAAGAUCCAGAAGAACGGACGGGCUUCGAACCUCGACACGUUAAAGAUUACUCUGGAAGAAUGGAAGACCUGGAAUAAGCAAACGAUAUUGAUUCGAUCCACGUUUAGCUUUCUUGACCGGACAUAUCUGUUGCGAGAAAACUACCCAUCAAUAAACGAUAUGGCUAUUGGUCAGUUCCGAAAAAUGGCAUUUUCAUCCCAGGCGCAUUCAUACAAGAGCCCUGUGGGUGCGAAGCUUGUCGCGGGCAUAUGCGAAUUGAUCGAAAAUGACCGAAGGGGUGGCGGUCAAACUGAGCCAACAUUACUCAAAGACUCCAUCAUGAUGUUAUACGUUUUGGGUGUCUAUGUCAAACACUUUGAGCCCUUCUUCUUGGAGCAAUCCCAAAGGUACUUCAAGGAAUUUGGCGAGGCUUGGAGCACCUCCAGCCUCAAAGACUAUAUCCUGGUUUGCGAGAAGCUUUUAAAAAAAGAAGACUAUCGAUGCAUUCAGUUCAACCUCGACAGCACCACGGAGAAGCAACUUAUGGAUUCUGCCCAUUCGCUGCUUAUUGGCAAUUAUUCCGAGAAGCUCUUGAAUGGUGGUAGUCUAGGAAAGCUGUUGGCCGAUAGAGAAGUCGAGUCAAUGAAGGCUUUGUACGACUUGCUUCGACUAUCGGGUAUUCAGAAGAAAAUGAAAGUUCCGUGGGGUGAGUACAUCAGAACAGCAGGAGCAGCCAUCGUCAGCGAUAAGGAAAAGGGCGAUGAAAUGGUUCUGCGCCUGUUGGAGUUGCGACGCUCGCUCGACCUCAUGAUCCGAGACGCUUUCAACAAAGAUGAGGACUUCCUCUGGGCCAUGAGAGAAUCAUUUGGCAAGUUCAUGAACGAUAGAAAGGUUGCAUCAUGUUGGGAAACAGGAACAUCAAAGAUCGGCGAGAUGAUUGCCAAGUACAUCGAUAUGCUCUUGAGAGGUGGUCUGAAAUCACUACCCAAGGAGCUCUUGUCCGAUUUAAAGGAUCGUGAAACUGCACAGAAAGAAGGUCAGGCCAGCACUGGCGAUGAGGAUGCCGAACUUGACAGACAACUUGACCAAGCACUCGAACUUUUUCGAUUUAUCGAGGGCAAGGAUGCAUUUGAAGCCUUUUACAAGAAAGAUCUAGCCCGGAGAUUGCUUAUGGGUCGAAGCGCAAGCCAGGAUGCCGAGCGGAACAUGCUUACCAAGCUUAGAGGAGAGUGUGGUGCCAACUUUACGCAAAACUUGGAGCAAAUGUUUAAGGAUCAAGAGUUGGGUAAGGAUGAAAUGGAGUCUUAUAAGCAAUGGUGCCAAGGUAGUGUUGAGCGAAAGGCUCCUCUGGACCUGUCAGUCAUGAUCCUUUCGGCUGCUGCUUGGCCAACAUAUCCCGACGUUCGUCUCAAUCUGCCUGACGAGGUUGCUACACAGAUUGAGAGGUUUGAUAAGUACUACAAGAAUAAGCACACAGGCCGUGUGUUGACAUGGAAGCAUUCUUUGGCUCAUUGUUCUGUCAAUGCCCGUUUUGCCAAGGCUCCCAAAGAACUCCUCGUGUCGGCUUACCAGGCUGUUGUUCUUAUGAUGUUCAACAACGUACCCGAUGGCGGCUUCCUAGCCUAUGAGCAGAUCGCUACAGGAACCGGUCUUCAAGGCGGUGAUCUUAACCGCACUCUUCAGUCGCUUGCAUGUGGUAAGGCGAGAGUGCUGACCAAGCACCCCAAGGGCCGUGAUGUCAAGCCCACGGACACUUUUACAUUCAACAAGACUUUCACAGAUCCCAAGUACCGAGUCAAGAUCAACCAGAUCCAACUCAAGGAGACUAAGGAGGAGAACAAGGCAACGCAUGAAAGGAUCGUACAGGACCGACGAUUCGAAACUCAGGCUGCCAUUGUACGAAUAAUGAAGAGUCGAAAGAGCAUGGGCCAUUCAGAUCUAGUGGCAGAAGUGAUCAACUUGACCAAAAAGAGAGGCAGCAUUGACACGUCAGCAAUCAAGAAGGAGAUCGAAAGUCUUAUCGAGAAGGAUUACAUCGAGCGAGAGGGCAAUGCAUAUGUGUACCUAGCUUAA